AAAAAAAAAUCAUCAUCACCUUACUUUUUUAUUGUCUUGCGGCGGUCAAACUCUUUUGGAAUUCUUUUGCUUUUCUUUUCUCUUAGAGAAAAAAAAUAUAUGAUGCCUCCUGUAGUAACUAUUUUAGGAGGAGGUAUUUCUGGAUUAUCAGCAGCAUAUUAUCUUGCACGACUUGCACCGCAAAUACAUAUUCGACUAUUGGAAGCAACUGACCAUGUAGGUGGAUGGAUCAAGUCUGAAAAAGUCAAUGACAAGGUUUUAUUUGAAGCUGGACCACGGACAUUACGACCAAAAGGUACAGGUGGAGCUAUUUUACUUGACAUGUUAAAGGAUCUCCAUUUGGACCAACAUAUUGUCAGUGUACCGAAAAAACAUCCAUCAGCACAACAUCGGUAUAUUGAAUACAAGGGUCAGAUCAACCAGUUACCUAGUGGACUUUCGGAUCUUUUAUUCAACAGUCCUCCCAUCAUGGACUCAGUUAUGGGAGCUAUCAUGAAGGAACCAUUUCAACCAUGUCCCAACCAUGUUACGGAUGAAUCCCUCUAUGACUUUAUCCAACGACGGUUCAAUUCUCAGGUUGCUUUGAAUUUAAUCGGUGCCCUGGCUCAUGGCGUAUAUGCAGGUGAUUGUAAGCAACUCUCUGUCCAAUCCACUUUCCCUCUAUUGGCGGCUUGUGAACAAAAGUAUGGUAGUGUCGUCAAAGGUAUGAUGCGAGGUGGUGUCUCUCUCGAUACAACAAAAGAACUGGCUCUGGCUGCGCAAUGUGAAGCUCGCUACCCGAUUUGGCAACACGAAAUGCAAAAUGCAAGUGUCAUUGGUCUUCAACCUGGUCUAGCUGCUCUUCCCCUGGCCUUAAGACGGUUUUUGAUGGAUCAACCCAAUGUGGAUUUAUUGACUCGACAACCUGUCACUCUUCUUGAAUCAUCAUCAUCCUCCUCCUCCUCUCUGAUAACUACACAAAGCGGAGAAAAGUAUGAAUCACAUCAUGUUAUCUCAGCACUUCCUUCUCAUAUCCUGGCAUCUAUUCUUCCUCCAUCAUCAUCAUUACCUCAUUUGACACACAAUCCUCGUGUCGAUGUAGCAGUGGUCAACUUGGCGUAUAAAAAGGACGAUGCGAAUACACAACUGGAUGGAUUUGGUUUCUUGACACCACAUCGUGAUACAGGAUCACGAGUGCCUGGGGUACUUGGUGUGAUAUUCGACAGCAAUAGUAUGGGUAUACAGGACAAGGAUAUGGUUCGAUUUACAGCCAUGAUUGGUGGUAGUGAUUGGGAUCUUGCUUUUGGAAACUUAAAAGAAGAAAAAGAGGUGGCUACACAAGCUUUGGCUUUGGCACAGCAAGCAAUGUCAACGUGUUUGGGAGUCGAUGCAUCUCCAACGUAUCAUCAAGCUCAUGUAUUACGACAAUGUCUUCCUCAGUAUUUGGUGGGCCAUUCUAAACGUAUGCAGGAACUUCAUUUGGCUUUACAACAACGUAUGUGUCUUAGUGUCACUGGUGCAAGUUACUUGGGUGUCAGUGUACCAGAUUGUGUCAAACAUAGUCGAUUAUUGGUCGAAGAUCUUUUGGAAAUAGGUGCUUUGGGUAAUCAAUCCUCUGUCGUGACUGGAUUGGAAAAAACAAUGAUAUCACCAUGGUAAGUUAUUCUAUAUAGUGCAUAGAUAGAUAGUGUGUUUGUAUACAAUCAAUAAAAACCAUAUUUAAAAAACAGUGAAUUUGAAUACA